GGCCAUGGCCGCCCGGCCCGGCCUGUGGCCAGCGCUCCUGGGCAUAGUCCUCGCCGUCUGGCUCCGCGGCUCGGGUGGCCAGCAGAGUGCCACGGUGGCUAACCCAGUGCCCAACCCGGUGCCCGGCGCCAACCCCGACCUGCUCCCCCACUUUCUGGUGGAGCCCGAGGACGUGUACAUUGUCAAGAACAAGCCAGUGUUGCUGGUGUGCAAGGCCACGCCCGCCACGCAGAUCUUCUUCAAGUGCAACGGGGAGUGGGUGCGCCAGGUGGACCACGUGAUCGAGCGCAGCACAGACGGAAGCAGUGGGCUGCCGGCCAUGGAGGUGCACAUCAACGUGUCACGGCAGCAGGUGGAGAAGGUGUUCGGGCUGGAGGAGUACUGGUGCCAGUGCGUGGCCUGGAGCUCCUCGGGCACCACCAAGAGCCAGAAGGCCUACAUCCGCAUCGCCUACUUGCGCAAGAACUUCGAGCAGGAGCCGCUGGCCAAGGAGGUGUCCCUGGAGCAGGGCAUCGUGCUGCCGUGCCGCCCACCGGAAGGCAUCCCCCCAGCGCAGGUGGAGUGGCUCCGGAAUGAGGACCUGGUGGACCCAGCACUGGACCCCAACGUGUACAUCACACGGGAGCACAGUCUGGUGGUGCGGCAGGCCCGCCUGGCCGACACGGCCAACUACACUUGCGUGGCCAAGAACAUCGUGGCGCGCCGCCGCAGUGCCUCUGCAGCUGUCAUCGUCUAUGUGGACGGCAGCUGGAGCCCAUGGAGCAAGUGGUCAGCCUGCGGGCUUGACUGCACCCACUGGCGAAGCCGUGAGUGCUCUGACCCCGCACCCCGAAACGGAGGCGAGGAGUGCCCAGGUGCUGACCUAGACACCCGCAAUUGUACCAGUGACCUCUGUGUGCACACUGCCUCCGGCCCCGAGGACAUGGCCCUGUAUGUGGGCCUCAUAGCGGUGGCCGUGUGCCUGGUUCUGCUGCUGCUCGUCCUCAUCCUGGUUUAUUGCCGCAAGAAGGAGGGACUGGACUCAGACGUGGCCGACUCAUCCAUCCUCACCUCAGGCUUCCAGCCCGUCAGCAUCAAGCCCAGCAAAGCAGACAACCCCCAUCUGCUCACCAUCCAGCCCGACCUCAGCACCACCACCACCACCUACCAGGGCAGCCUGUGUCCCCGGCAGGACGGGCCCAGCCCCAAGUUCCAGCUCUCCAAUGGGCACCUGCUCAGCCCACUGGGUGGUGGCCGCCACACGCUGCACCACAGCUCGCCCACCUCCGAGGCCGAGGACUUCGUCUCCCGCCUCUCCACCCAGAACUAUUUCCGCUCCCUGCCCCGAGGCACCAGCAACAUGGCCUACGGGACCUUCAACUUCCUUGGGGGCAGGCUAAUGGUCCCGAACACAGGGAUCAGCCUCCUCAUCCCCCCAGAUGCCAUACCCCGGGGGAAGAUCUACGAGAUCUACCUCACGCUGCACAAGCCCGAGGAUGUGAGGUUGCCCCUAGCUGGCUGUCAGACCCUGCUGAGUCCCAUCGUUAGCUGCGGGCCCCCCGGAGUCCUGCUCACGCGGCCCGUCAUCCUUGCCAUGGACCACUGUGGGGAGCCCAGCCCCGAGAGCUGGAGCCUGCGCCUCAAGAAGCAGUCAUGCGAGGGCAGCUGGGAGGACGUGCUGCACCUGGGCGAGGAGGCGCCCUCCCACCUCUACUACUGCCAGCUAGAGGCUGGCGCCUGCUACAUCUUCACUGAGCAGCUGGGCCGCUUCGCCCUGGUUGGAGAGGCCCUCAGCGUGGCCGCAGCCAAGCGCCUCAGGCUGCUCCUGUUCGCACCCGUGGCCUGCACCUCGCUUGAGUACAACAUCCGGGUCUAUUGUCUGCAUGACACCCACGACGCCCUCAAGGAGGUGGUGCAGCUGGAGAAGCAGCUGGGGGGCCAGCUGAUCCAGGAGCCCCGGGUCCUGCACUUCAAGGACAGUUACCACAACCUGCGCCUGUCCGUCCAUGAUGUGCCCAGCUCCCUGUGGAAGAGCAAGCUGCUCGUCAGCUACCAGGAGAUCCCCUUUCAUCACAUCUGGAACGGCACACAGCAGUACCUGCACUGCACCUUCACCUUGGAGCGCAUCAGCCCCAGCACCAGUGACCUGGCCUGCAAGGUGUGGGUGUGGCAGGUGGAGGGCGAUGGGCAGAGCUUCAACAUCAACUUCAACAUCACCAAGGACACAAGGUUUGCUGAGCUGCUGGCUCUGGAGAGUGAAGGGGGGGUCCCAGCCCUGGUGGGCCCCAGUGCCUUCAAGAUCCCCUUCCUCAUUCGGCAGAAGAUCAUUACCAGCCUAGACCCGCCCUGCAGCCGGGGUGCCGACUGGCGAACUCUGGCCCAGAAACUCCACCUGGACAGCCAUCUCAGCUUCUUUGCCUCCAAGCCCAGCCCCACAGCCAUGAUCCUCAACCUGUGGGAGGCACGGCACUUUCCCAACGGCAACCUCAGCCAGCUGGCCGCGGCCGUGGCCGGACUGGGCCAGCCAGACUCUGGCCUCUUCACGGUGUCGGAGGCCGAGUGCUGAGGCCACUGGGCCCCCAACGCCUACAUUCUCACCAGCUUUGGCACCCGCUAGGGACAGACAGAUGCCGGGCGGGGGCCCUUCCCCCACCCCAGGGAGAGCUUUGUGGACAGGCCUCCUCCUGGCUGAUGCCGUCCCUUAACGCCAGUCCUUCAGACCCUGCCCACGUUCCCACCCUCUAUGGCCUGCCUGGCCAGGCUGGCACUGCCACCUGCUCUGACUCUGCUCCAGCCCCUGGGGUCCGGGGAGACAGUGCCCAGAGCCAGGCCAGGCCCAGCCCAUUCGUGUGUGUGUCUGUGUGUGUGAUGCUACCUCUCCUCCUGCCCCUGGCCAGGGCCCCGCAUGCACACGGACAUGCACGCACACGCUGGGCUCGGGCCACAUCCCCCCUCCUGCCUGAGCUGGACCUUAUGCAAACGUUUCUAUGCCUGCUGGGUAGGAGCACGUCUGAGGGGCCCACUGUAACCCUGUGGGACCAAGGGCACGGCCAGGCGGGCAGGAGAGGCCUCUGGACUCAGGCACACGACCACACGCGGGCACAUGCACACGCCCAGCUUGUGCGCCCAUCACACACACACCCACCUCCAUUGUGCAGACGCCCUCUACCACCGUCACAUCUCAUGCCUGUGCACCAGGGUCUCGCCCAAGUCCCUCACACCCCCCAGUGUUCGUACACAUCUGCCUCUCACAUGCUGCCCUGCUCCCACCCACCAGGGACACCGGGCAGCUCUCCCUCAACCCCAGUCCUUGACCUAGGCCCCAGCCUCGAGGUGCCCUGCCUGGCGGGGCAUGUGAAUAUGCAAUGGGAGCCCCGUGCUGGGCAAUGGCGAGUGUGCAUGCCAGGCGUGCUGUCCCGGGGCUGGCUGAGCCCCAUGCGGGCCGCCAUGUGAAGUUUGUGUCCUGACUCGUCUUAAGUGCAUUCACGCACUUACACUUGGCCUUAUGUACACAGCCUUGCCCGGCAGCCAGGGCGCGUAGGGAUUUUAGCGGACAUGAAUGUAAAUAAAUUAUAUAU